CAACACUCCUGGCUCUGAAGGGCUAGUGGCAAGGAAUCCAAGGCUGGAUCAGACAUGACGGCUUUGACGCUGGAUCUGGUGUUGACGAUGGUGUCUUCGGCGGCGAUGGGUCAUGCAGGGGGUCUUACGCUCCCUUGCACCGGCUUCCAGAUGCUUCAGAUGCCCAAGAUCACUCACACGAGCCACAAGCAGCUGCUGGGAUCAAGGAAGAGACCAUCUCGUAAGCACAGCUUGAGGAUGAUGGAGGGAAGCGCAGAGGAUGCCUACGUGAGGAGUGGAGUGCUGCGCCUGUGUGUCCGUGUGUUGGUGCAGGUGUGGCUCCCGCGAUGGCCGGGACGGACAGGGCGAUUGGCCUCUUGCAUGGCCUUUCGGUGUACUUCGACAGAGUGGACGGCUACCAGGUUGAUGUGGAGGAUGGUCGACGGCGGCCUGUUUCGAGCUGGCAGCACAUCCGCAGACUCGGCGACGUGCAGGCCAAAGGGGCCGCUGGUCUGCCGCAAGUCAGGUACUGAAGAGGUGCACGGACACAUGGAUUGGUUGAUUUUUUGUCCCCCAACGCGUCGCAGUGUCGUGUGUGUCCGUCUUUUGUGGGUGCAUGCGUCAGUGCGGGCACCAAGAUCAUCUAUCCAGCAAGCGAUGAAGCUGUGGGUCUCUUCCAGGGCCGCCCCGCCCACGUCGAUGAGAAGGGAGGCUUCAUUGUCAAUGUCGAUGGCGAGUGGCGGCCCGUCAGGAAAGACGAUUGGCCAGACGUCCAUCAGGUUCACCGACUUGGACAUGACCAACAUACGCGGAGAGCUGUAAGUACACAGACAUGAGGCAACAACUCUUCUUUUUUUUUUCUCCAUCUAUACUCGUUCCUUGCAUGUGUCGUUGGUCGCAUCAGGCCGGGCAGUGCGAAAGCCAUAUUCCAAGGCGACAGCACAUUCAUUCGGCGUGGGCGGUUUCUCUACCAGGUGGUGAGACGCGGCACAGGUGUCUGCCCGACCACUGGCGACACUGUCAAGUACAAAAUGGCGGAAUUUGUUGACGGAUUCCGAGGCGACAGAGGCAGCAGAUUGUACGUCAAAUUCGAAUCGAGCUUCGAGGAUGGCGACCAGUCCUCGGGAGGCUUCGAGCGUGACAUGCUGUGGUCGAUGAGGGUUGGCGAAGUGCGGCACGUCAUCGAUUCAAUGAGUAGUGGCUCGGACACGACUUAUUUCGAGCUGGAGCUGAUCGAAAUAAUGGAGCAAGGUUUAGUAAUAUCACACUCUGACAGACUGAGCUGUUGUGCUGUGCUGUGCUGUGCUGCGAGUGAGUUUUGCUGAUUGCUUUCUGCUCGCUUCCCUGGUCGCAGGAUGGGCUGCGCGGGUGUCUAGGCAGUAGGUUCAGUUUCUUCAUCAAAUUGGUGUUGGACGGGUGUCAUUCAUUUUGCAAACACAAAGGUCGACGGUGAAGGAGUUGUGUGUGUGAUGAUGGGGCGGGUACACAUAUCGAUUCAACUCACGUGUGCCGGUGUGUGGACGUCUCUUAUGUCAUCUGUCUG